AUGAGUGUGGAGUUGACUGCUCUGGUCCAGAGGCGGAGGAGCCGUGCCCCCGGCCCCGCCGGUCCCCCCGUGAUACUGUUCCACAGUCGGUCGGGCCCCGAGGUGCACGGGGUCAUCGAAGAAAUGGACCGCAGGGCCAAGAGCGAGGCUCCCGCCAUCAGCUCCGCCAUCGACCACGGCGACACGGAGACGACCAUGCCGUCCAUCAGCAGUGACUGUGCUGCGCUCUGCGCCGGCUGCAGGGUUAAGAUCUCCGACCGCUACUACCUGCUGGCGGUGGACACGCAGUGGCACGUGCGCUGCCUCAAGUGCUGCGAGUGCAAGCUCAACCUGGAGUCAGAGCUCACCUGUUUCAGCAAGGAUGGAAGCAUCUACUGCAAGGAAGACUACUACAGGCGGUCCUCCGUGCAGCGCUGCGCCCGCUGCCACCUAGGCAUCUCGGCCUCGGAGAUGGUGAUGCGAACUCGGGACUUGGUUUAUCACCUCAACUGCUUCACGUGCACUACGUGUAACAAGAUGCUGACCACGGGGGACCACUUCCACAUGAAGGACAGACUGGUCUACCGCCGCUUGCACUUCGAGGCGCUGUUGCAGGGCGAGUGCCCCACGCACUUCAACCACGCCGACGUGGCCAAGAGCGCAGGGUUGGGUGCAGCAGGGGCCAACCCUCUGGGUCUUCCCUACUACAAUAGCGUAGGCACGGUGCAGAAGGGGCGGCCGAGGAAGCGCAAGAGCCUCGGGCCCGGGUCGGCCCUGGCGACCUACAACGCUGCACUGAGCUGGAACAGGAACGAUGUGGAGCUCCUGGACCGCGACCAGCUGUACCCGAGCAGCCAGAAGACGAAGUGCAUGCGCAACUCCUUCAAGCACCACCAGCUUCGGACCGUGAUCUUUGCCAUUAACCACAACCCCGACGCCAAGGACUCGAAGCAGCUCGCGCAAAAGACAGGCCUCACCAAGUGGGUUCUCCAGGUCUCGUCUCAGAACGCCCAGUCCAAGUUCAGGCGCAACUUCGUACAGCGGGAAAACACGGCCGUGGACAAGUCGACAGAGGUGGUGCUGCAGACGGGGACGCCAUAGGGGCCGGCCUCGGAGCUGUCCAAGGCCUCGCGCAGCCACCCCAGGACGAAACUCACAGCCCCUCGCAAACGGCUCUUAACCAACCUUUUCUAA